AUGAGGCGUAGAACAUCAAAGAUGAUGGAAACAAUUACUGAAGAUGAAAGAGAAAUUAGCUUGAAUGAUAUUGUAUUUUCACCACCUAAAAGUUCAUCACCUAUUUCAGCUUCAUCACUUGCUACUUCUGCAUGUGCCUCUUCUGCCGAUGCAAGUGCUAAAAGUAGAUUUCCCUAUCUGGAGCUGUUUUCUCCACCUACUUCUCCUACUCUUAAUGUCAAUAAACCCACCAACCAGACUCCUUCAUCAUCUCUAUCCUUCCUGUUUUCCAGCAUCCCCCUUCCUAAGCCUGUGCCUCUAAAAGUUGUUCCCUUUUCUUCUAAUAACUUACCGGCCCCUGCCAUUCCCUCCAGUUCCUCUACUUCUACAAGUCAAGCAGGAGGCAUCUCUCCCUCUCUUACUGAGCUUGCAACCAAUAUUUCUUCUCCUUCCCAACUGUCCUUUGUGGCUUCUCUUUCAAAACCUCUGACAGCUACCCCUACACCGUGCUAUAUUCCUACUAAUGCUGUAGCAGUUAGCUCUAAACCUGUUAAUUAA